AUGGCCGAUGUCGAUAAAGGUUUUGACAUUGAAAGCUCACCCAAGCACGUUUACAAGGAGGGCAACACUGAAAAUACUCAACUGUCGCACCCGCCUAUCUGGCUACUUCUUGCUGUUUCAAUGCCACGUAUGGCAAUCACCAUGGCUUGGUCGGCGCAGUGGGCCGCUCUUGGUCCGUACCUGUCGACAAUGCUCCCAAGAUUCGCCGUUCAAAUCACACAAUUUAUUGGCCCUGUUGUCGGCGUGCUAGUUGGUCCCAGUGCCGGAGUCCUCAGCGACCGUACUACCUCCCAAUUCGGUCGACGUCGUCCGUACCUUGUUGUUGCAGGUACUUUGAGCAUCAUUUGCUGGAUUGCCAUGAGUUACACACGUGAAAUGGGCGAAGCUUUGGGUGACCAUGGCAGCGGUCAAGACGAUCAGCCAACCGACCGGACGUUCACAGCCAUCCUGACUGUGUUUUUCUAUUUGUGGAUGGACAUCACUGUCAACGUCGUACAAACUCCAGCUAUGCUUCUGGUCGCAGAUUUUUCCGGUGAUCGCCAGACAACGGGUGCUGCUUUAAGUCAAGCGUGGUCAACACUGGGCUCCCUCCUGGUUGCUGGCUACAUUGAGUUCUUUGGAGCAGCUCACAAGACGCUUCAUGAAUUUAUGUGGAUGUUGUCAGUCACAAUGUUUAUCUGCAUCACUGUUGCUGUAAUUUUUUCAAAAGAGACUCCACUUGACGCAAGCAAGGUCGAUGCUGUAUCGACUUGUCGUCGAAUUGGACACGCCUUUGCGUCCGUGUACACCGGUAUACGCACGCUUCCUGGUGUACUUGUCAUUUAUGGUGUCGGCUUCUUUUUCAUUCAAUACGGAUUCACAGCGUACAACGGAAACAAAGGACAAUUCUUUGGUUUGGAAGUCUACAAUGGCUCGGCGGAUAACGCUGAUACGUGUGAUCCUUGCACUCCUGAGCAAGAUGCAUACAACCGUGGAGUUGGCAUUGCUGGCGGUCGAGCUGAUCUGCUUUUUAACGUCAUUGGUUAUCUCUACUCUUGGACCAUUCCACUUAUUGUAAGCAAAAUUGGUGCAAGGUGGUUUCUAACAGUUUCGACAAUUCCUCAAAUGUUUUUGAUGAUCAUGGCGUGGACGAGCAAUGUGACGUUUAAUGUCUUUGUUGUUGCUACCACCAGUAUUACCCAAGCUGCAUGGUUCUCGCUCAUUGUACCCGCCGUCGUUCAUGUCUUUGGUCCGGACGAGGAUAUUGGUAUGUACGUUGGUGCUCUAAACUCAGCCAAUUGCUUUGGUCAACUUCUGAACUUUGCCGUUGGUUCUGGUCUUGUUGAAACGUCGCUUGGUUACAAACUUCCAGUCUUUUUGGGCGGUUUGAUGAGUGCUCUUGGGUUUUUAGUCACAAUGAUCUUUUUUAAGAUGGAAAUGUACUCCAUGUAA